ACGAGAUCCCUCAUGUUUAUAUGAUUGUGUCUUGGUGCAGUUGAGGGCCGAGUGUGGCACAGAAUAUUCUUUUUUUCCGUUGCUAAGACAUAAUUCAAGAUGGACAGGUCAUUGAUGAGGGACCGAGAUGCCUUCCUGAAGCGGGCUAUGGCUACGCCUUCAGUGGAGGUCAAGAAGCGCAGAAAUGACGUCCCUAUGCCAGAGCCGCCCAAAAAGAAGGUGACCAAAACGACACCCUCCAACGAUGCUGGCUCAUACAAAUCUAUGUCAGGUGGGAGCCAGUACAAGUUUGGUGUCUUGACGAGGAUUGUGCGCCACAUGAAAACGCGUCACCAAGAUGGGGAGACUCACCCGCUAAGCCUCGAAGAGAUUCUUGACGAGACAAACCAGUUAAAUGCUGGGCCUAAGGUCAAACAGUGGCUCAUCACUGAAGCCCUGCCCAACAACCCCAAGAUCCAAGAGAUCGACAGCAAGUAUCUCUUUAAGCCGCCGCUGCCAGUGAGGGACCGGAAGAGCAUGCUGAAACUGCUGCGGCAACAUGACAUGAAGGGCCAUGGGGGGGUGUUGCUAGAUGAUAUACAGGAAUCCCUGCCACACUGCGACAAGACCAUGAAGAUGCUGGACUCGGAGAUCCUGCGAAUCACACGCCAAACAGACAAGAAACAGAUCAUCUUCUACCACGACAAGGGCAUUAACUUCCCUGUGGAGAAGGAAUUCCAGCAACUAUGGAGGAACACAUCAGUUGAUGGCUUGCAGGAUGACAACAUUGAGGAGUAUCUUAACAAACAGGGCAUCAAGUCUAUGCAGGAUACAGGGCCGAAGAUCAAGCCCAUCCGGAGAAAGGCCAAAAAGGGCAGACAGAGAGCCACCAAGAUCUCAGACAACGAGCACAUGCAGGGUGUUCUUCAGAUAUACGACGAUGUGUAAUAAACUCGGGGAUUUUAGGGCGUUCUGGAAAGGCUGAGGUCGUUUUAUGGGAAUGCUUUUUUUGAGAGGAUGUCUUAUUUAUAGUUCUAUUGUUUAGAUUCUUUAUUAUUAUUAUUAUGAUUAUUAUUAUUAUUAUUAUUAUUAUUAUUAUUAUUAUUAUUAUUAUUGUUAUUUUGAAAAUAUAGGUUUCAAAUAUAAUUUCUUGUAUGUAUUUAUUUAUUUUUUCUCUUUCUCUCUUUUUUAUGUAUUUAUAGAGUGAAGAUCAUAGUCUUAUCUACUGUUAUUGUAAUUUUGAUUACUUUUAUAAUCAUUAUAUAUAAAAAAAAAAUUAUUAUGAUCACUAACAUUACUCUAACUUCUUUUUGGACCAAACUACAGUGUACUUUCUUAUGUUCAAGCAUUUAAUUCGAAAGAUCACAAAGGAUUAUAAAGGUUAUUGGUAUGAGUGACUUUUUAUACAUUUGAUACUUGUUUUAAUCCAUUUUUCCUUCCGCUUCACAUAAGACGAAAGUGUAGCGUGCGGAACUUGAAUUGUUUUUUUGAGAUUUUAUAUUGCUACAGAGCUAAUAUACUCCUUGAGUUUGAUGUGCUUGUUUGCUGGAUGAAAGGAAUAUUUGAAUUGUUUUUUGUUUUUUUUCUUAAUAGAUAUUUUUACUUAAUAUUGUUUGUUUGUUUUUUCUUUUUCUUUUUUUCUUUUCUUUUUUUUCUUGGAGGGAGGGGCAAAUUGUUAUAUUAACAUUGCCUUAAUAUGUUAGCCAAGCAGGCUUAUUAUGUUUAAUGAAAGAACAUGUAUUUUAUGACAUGUAUUUCAAAUAAAGGACAAAUUUAA